AUGUUCUAUUCGGAGACGCUGCUCUCCAAGACGGGGCCUUUGGCCCGCGUCUGGCUGUCGGCCAACAUUGAGCGCAAGCUCUCCAAGACGCACAUUCUGCAGUCGAACCUGCAGGACAGUGUCGAGGCCAUCAUCACGCCGAACCAGGCGCCGAUGGCGCUGCGUCUCAGUGGCCAGCUGCUUCUGGGCGUUGUCCGUAUCUACAGCCGCAAGGCGCGUUAUUUACUAGACGACUGCAACGAAGCAUUAAUGAAGAUCAAGAUGGCCUUCCGGUCAAGUGGCAACAACGACCUGCCCGCCAACCAACAAAGCUCCAACCGCGAGUCGCUUCUCCUGCCAGACCGGAUAACACAGUACGAUAACCUCGACAUGCUGCCGCGGCCGGACCCGGAAUUCUUCCUCGCGCAGCUCGACGAAGUGACGGCGACACCCUCGAGCAGCAACCGCCGCGCUGGCGGUGGCGGCCGUGGCAACGCCCGCGACAUCAACCUGCAGGAGGACUUCAACAACAGCCAGUUCCUCGGCGGCAACUUCAACGAGGACGACGAUCUCGCCAUUGCGGCCAAGGACGACCUGGAGCUCGACCUGGACUUUGGCCUCGACUUUGACGACCCGCUGCGCCCCGCCGACCACAGCGUCGAAGUCGGUCGUGACGCGCCCGCGCCGGCCCCCUUUGAGGACGACAUGCUUGACCUGGACCUGGAUCCCCGGGGCGGCAAGGACGGCGCCGACGACACGUUUGCCGACGGCGUGCGCAUUGCCGGCGAUGACGGCGACAUCCGCAUGGAUGACGAUGACAUGCAGUUCAACCUGGGCGAGCAGUCGAUGCUGCCCGGCGGCCUCGUGGACAUGUCCCGCGCCCGCAUCUCGGAGUCGCCGCUGUCGGACGUCGACGACGACGAUGUGCGCCAGGGCGAGCUCGAGUACUCGCGGCACAAUGGCGUGGACCUGUACGACGCAGGCGACGGUCUCGGCCCGAACCAGGUGGCGCGCCGGGCGCCGCAGCGGGUCAAGAAGACCAAGGUCCUGGAGUCGGACGCGGAGACGAUGCUGGCGGGCAACGUGAUCCGCGAGCAGCAAAACAACCGCGAGAACAUCCUGAAGCCGCAGGCGUUUUUGCCGCGCGACCCGCAGGUUCUGGCACUGAUGGAGAUGCGCAAGACCAACGGCUUCGUGUCGAGCAUCAUGCUGGGCGGCCGCAGCGCGACGUGGGCGCCGGAGCUGCGCGGCCUGCUGUCGUACGAGUCGAUCCACGGCCCCGUGCACGACCUGAAGCGCAAGCGCGACAGCGGCAUUGCCGACAUGGACAGCGACCAGGACCCGACGCACUCCAAGUCGCCGCGCCUCGACCUGGGCGACGACGGUGACCACCUGGGCUUUGACGGCGGCGCCGACCACUUUGGCGGCCCGUCGAUUGCGCCCGAUGGCACCGUCCUGGAGAUUGCGGGCUUUGGCGGUGCGGACGACGACGACGACGACAUGACUUUUGGUGCGGGUGCCGGUGGCGGCGACGACCACGGCGCCGACGUGAGCCACCACGCGGCGGCCGCGGGCCCGCCGGUGUCGCUCGGCACCAAGCACGCCGUGCACAUUUUGCGCGACUUCUUUGGCAAGGACGCGGCGGACGACGCGGACAAGCGGAAAAAGUCGUCGGCGGUGUUCCAGCAGGUGCUGCCCGAGGGCCGGGCGACAAAGGCGGACGCGACGCGCAUGUUCUUUGAGUGCCUGGUGCUGGCCACCAAGGACGCGAUCAAGAUUGAGCAGGCCAGCGAGACGCUGGGCGGCAGCAUCAAGCUGCAGAGCAAGCACGCCCUGUGGGGUGCGUGGGCCGAGCGGGACGCAAGCGGCAACGCGGAGGAGGAGGAGCAGCAGCAGCAGAGCGCGGGCAACCACGUGCCGAGCAUGGCCAGUGCACCCGUUGCAGUGGCGGCAUAA